AUGACCGACAAAACCAAGAAUCAGAUAUUGUUCGACGAUCAUAGUCGAGAUUUUCAAUUCGAGGAUUCCGAUGUGACCAUCCGGACUAGCGAUGAUGUGACUUUUAAAAUUCAUCGAUUCCACCUAAUGGCCGUCAGCGCUGUGUUCUGUGAUAUGAUGGCUAUCGGUAAAGGACAAAAUGAGGAGCUUUGUCUCACGGAUGAAAGUUUUGAAGAUGCCUCGACUAUCGGAAAAUUUCUCUAUUUUUGUUACGGUAAAUCAUUGCCAGCGCCCGCAACGAAAGAGCAUACACCUUAUCAGAAGUUGAUCAAUUUGUGCAACAAGUACGAAUGUCCAGGUGUACUUGCGCAUCUAGAGGCCCUGGUCUAUAAAUGGUACAUCGAGGAUUGUCUGUGUCCCAGAAAUGUCUUUGUGCUAGGCUAUUCUUUGAAUCAGCCAAAAUUAGCGAUAUAUGGUAUAACUCAUGCUGGUAACUGGCAAUGGUCAGAGACAUCCAUGGAUAUAACAGAAGCGGAAAAGACGAAAUCCAAAGACCGUACUGCUGUUAUCAGUAGUGUUAUUGGGUGUAGUGCUCUGGAUCCAAGUGGGCUCACUUAUCACGAUUUUGUAGACAUACCAGAUGCUUGGAAAUUUCCACUGGUUCGAGCCACAUGGGGUAAGAUCAAAGACGGGGAGCUGAGUAAGACAGAUUGGAAGAAGAUAGCCGAAGAUUUCGAAAGAAUAUUUAAGAUGGUCAAUGGUGACUCGACAUGUUGA